GAGAUGGCGCUUAAAGAAAUAUAAAAUUUGUAAACAAACCGAAUAAACAGCAAGUAAGUUGCAUCAGCAUGACAUUUGACAAGCUUCAUGAAUAUUGUUCUUUCCAAGUGCUCUCAAAACUUAAUUCGCUAGGUGACGUGCUUAGACUGUGUCGCCUACCGAUCCCAAAUAACGUCAAACUUCCAAUCAAGCAAUGGCAAGGCAGCGAAGAGGAAUUGAAAUGGGUGUGCUGAUGCUCAUGUGGCAAUUUUUUAACAUUGGUCUUGAAACUUUUCCACCAGUAACCCUACUCGUCAUUGCAGGACAGGUUGCCUUGUACAUGGGUUUCAUACCUGUUUCGUGGGAUGCUGUCACAGUCUGUUUGAGUGCCCAGGCUGUUUUAAGAUGGAGAGAGUAUGAACGCCUUGUACUAUCAGCCUUUGAGCAUGGUGAUGAUCUUCACCUUUACUACAACAUGCUUUCAUUCCUAUCAAAGGGUCGAUCAUUAGAGCAGCAUUUUGGCAGUCCCUACUUUGCUUAUCUCCUGACUGUGUUUACUGUCUUAACUAGUGCAACAUAUGUGGGACUGGAAGUGAUUUUAAGUGAGUUAUUUGAUGACAAACAAUACCUUAAAACAUGUGCAAUCGGCUUCUCUGGAGUCAUAUUUGCCCUCAAGGUGUUGACAACUUCAUACUGGGAUACAGGAUAUCGUAGAUAUUUUGGUUUCCGUGUCUCUGGCAAAUAUGCAGUAUGGGUGGAAUUGGUAGCAAUUCAGCUGAUGGUCCCCAAUACUUCCUUUGUAGGCCAUUUGGCGGGCAUUUUAGUGGGAAUCGCAUACACUCAAGGACCUUUAAAGUUAGUCAUGGACCUUCCUAUCCAAGCCCUCGGGUUGUUUAAUCACCCUUUAGCGACCCCAACCCGUAGUAGCAGUAACUGGGGCUCGGGAGUGAGUGGAUACGGUACUACAGCAGGCCAAACUUACGGGUGGAAUAUUUCAAAUGACAUAAAUGAUGCUGACUACGAUGAAGCUAUUCGGCGGAGCUAUGAGACCUUACAAACCGAAGAAAGAUCUGGAGUUAAUCCCGAUAGCGCACCCCUGGAUCAAGAUGAAGUCAGACGAAGAAGGUUAAAUCGUUUCAACAUCACGUAACUUGCCUUCAUGUAUUUUGUAUUCAUUUUGCUUUCAACCAAUCAAAUUUCUCUUCACCUCACAUAAUCUAUACAAUAAUUCUCAUCCGUUGUCUAUUGCUUGAGCCAAUACAUUUGUGAUAUUUUAACAAGAA